AAAAUUGAGAGAAAAAGGAGACGAAGACUCUGCUCAAUGCUCAUACUUCCCUUCAUUUUUCAUCUCCUCUCUCUCAAUACUCUGCUGCCGCUGCUUUCUCUCUCUUCAAUUGCGCUUCUUCGACGUCGUUGCUUCUCUCCAUUGGUUGUACGGUUGAGAGACGUGAGCUGGACGAGGGGCAGAGCUGUAAUUGCACAGAGCUCCGUUCGCACUUGAUCGGGUUUUGGUGUGGGAGCUUGGGGCUUGCUAUACUAAUGCGGUAGGUAGAAGAAGAAGAAGAGUGUUGAGGUUCCGUGUUGCAGACUGGUAAACACUACAGAGAAAAUGUUGGAAGGUCCCAAGUUUACUGGAAUUGUAGGGCUAAACAAUAAUCAUGAAAAUUAUGUGAUGCAUUUUUAUCACAAGCUCAAUGAGGGCUCAAAUAUGUCGACCGAGAGUUUUGGGAGCUUGCAGAUGAGCAAUGGUGGAGGGUCUGUUGCGAUGUCGGUAGACAAUAGCAGUGUUGGGUCAAAUGAUUCCCACACUCGUAUCUUGGGUCACAAUGGCCUCAGGCAUGUCAAAGACUAUUCUGUCGCUGCCAGUGUCAAUCACGGAAGAGUUUCUCAUGGGCUGAGUGAUGACGCCCUCGCUCAAGCUCUGAUAGAUCCUCGGUAUCCUACUGAAGGACUUGGGGAUUAUGAUGAGUGGACGAUUGAUCUGAGUAAGCUGAACAUGGGACCUGCUUUUGCUCAGGGUGCUUUUGGGAAGCUCUACAGAGGCACAUAUAAUGGUGAGGAUGUUGCAAUUAAGCUUUUGGAGAAGCCAGAGAAUGACAUCGAGAGGGCACACUUGAUGGAACAGCAGUUUCAACAAGAAGUAAUGAUGCUGGCUACGCUUAAACACCCAAAUAUUGUUCGCUUUAUUGGUGCAUGUCGAAAGCCCAUGGUGUGGUGUAUCGUGACAGAAUACGCCAAGGGAGGGUCAGUGCGCCAGUUCUUGACAAAACGGCAGAAUCGUGCAGUGCCCUUGAAAUUAGCUGUCAAGCAGGCCUUAGAUGUGGCUAGGGGGAUGGCGUAUGUUCAUGGAUUAAAUUUGAUCCACCGGGACUUGAAAUCUGACAAUCUUCUAAUUGCCGCUGACAAGUCUAUUAAGAUUGCAGAUUUUGGUGUAGCUCGUAUUGAAGUACAGACAGAAGGAAUGACACCAGAGACAGGCACAUAUCGAUGGAUGGCCCCAGAAAUGAUCCAACAUCGGGCUUAUACCCAGAAAGUUGAUGUAUAUAGCUUUGGGAUUGUCCUGUGGGAGCUAAUCACAGGGAUGCUCCCGUUCCAGAAUAUGACUGCCGUUCAGGCAGCAUUUGCUGUGGUGAACAAAGGUGUUCGGCCAACUAUCCCUCACGAGUGUCUGCCUGCUCUGAGUCAGAUCAUGAUGCUCUGCUGGGAUGGGAAUCCUGAUGUUAGGCCGUCCUUCAAGGAGGUGGUUAGAAUGCUCGAGACUGCCGAGACUGAGAUCAUGACUACUGUGAGAAAAGCUCGUUUCAGGUGCUGUAUGAGUCAACCGAUGACUACAGAUUGAUGCAGAGAAGAAAAAAAGAAAUCUACUCCAUAAGAAUUGGGAAAUAGGCGACUGAUUUUGUGCCAGUUUAUGUAUUUAUGUAUGUAUUGCAUGAUCAGCCUAAAUUUAUUUCCUAGAAAGUUUACGAUAGCAACUGCUUGCUUUGAUUUUUAACUUCUGGAUUUUAAGAUACUGUUUUUAGUGAUAAUAUAGUCUCAUAUCAUACAA